GACUCGACUCCAGCCGAAUUUCCUCGCCGUGAUAUUAGCCACAACAAAAAAUUCGUGGUGGUCGCGCAAAAAGUUUUUGGCGCUACGCUAUUUUUCGCGUUUCUCCCUUCAGCAAGGUGCUACUGCUCAUCAGCCACGUCGUUGCCUCGUCCAGAAUUUAGCAGCACGUCGACGGUGCGAAACUGCACAAUCACGCAAGAGUUAUAGGGCAAAUUCAGCAUUCACAAUGGCGGGAGAGCAGCAGCAGUUUUUUCUCAAAUGGAACGACUUCCAGUCGAACAUGGUGUCGUCAUUCAAACACCUGCGAGAUGAGAAAAGCUUCACGGAUGUGACAUUGGCUUGCGAUGGUCAGACUUGCAAAGCACACAAAAUGGUCCUGUCCGCUUGUAGUCCUUACUUCAAAUCUUUAUUAGAGGAAAAUCCGUCCAAGCAUCCAAUUAUAAUUCUAAAGGACGUUGCGUACAGUCAUCUACAAGCUAUUCUAGAAUUUAUGUAUGCAGGUGAAGUAAACGUUUCGCAAGACCAGUUGCCAGCAUUUCUCAAAACAGCAGACCGGCUUAAAGUUAAAGGACUAGCCGAAGCUCCUGGUGCCAUUAAGAGAGAAGGUUAAAGAUUUGCACGUAAAUAUGGUAUUUGAAAAGUGUGGACUGAAAAAACAGUGUAAUAAUGUAAAGUGAUUGAGUAAAUACACCACACAACAUAAACACACACAACACGACAUACAUAAUAAAUACAUUAUAAAGACAUGUAAAAAAGAUAAAAACACUGCGUGUGCACACAACUCAGUGUCCUUCGGUUCAUGACUUGGAUCAACACGCGGUGAUGAUGUAAAAUAAUGCCUUUUUCUUAUUCUCAGUUAAUGUUAACGGUUGUAUCGAUAGUAUGUACACGUACAUGCAUGUAGAGAAAAGAUGUUGAUGUUUGUCUUGAACCCAUUAUGCCAUAUUGUGGCGCAACAAUAACAACACUGAUUAUUUUUUUAAAACGAAUCGUCGCGAAAAGGUGGGUCGCGAUAGUUUACGAUGCAUGCUGACCGGGACAGUCUUGGUGGAUCAAGUUGGAAAUGUUGACAACACCUGUUACAACGGUCAUUCUUUUCAAGCCGAUCUACCUGAUUCACAGCACUACCCUAUCGAUUCUAUUUGGUAGAUCUACUCACGAAGUAGCGUUAUCUCUCUCUCUCUUCCGUUUGUUUUUGUCAUAGCUGUCACUUGAUUCAUCCAUGGCAGCAUAUCGAAAUAAAAAAUAUGAAAGUCUCUUUUUUGAUAAAAAAAGAUCUAUACUGUUUUCUUCAUCGUCUGUUUUUGCAAAUUAUCAUGAUUAUGAAGCUGUCCUUUUGAGAAAUCGAUCCCAUGAGGCAUUCAUAAUUCAUAUCGCGAUAAAUUGUAAUGAAAUCGUGUCAGAUGAAAGCCGUGCUUCUAUCGUGGAUAGAUUUGCGAAAUUCUCGGCAAAUCAUUUGAAGAAUGUCAAAUCAGGUUUACUGGAAGUAGUAACAUGCGCGUAUACAUAAUUAUUUUUAAUCAAUUUUGCAGUAUUGAGACAUUGUUGUUUUGUAUUCGUACAAAAUAUAAAAAAAAAACAAAGAAAAGAAAUACAAAAGGAAUUGUAAUAUCGUAAUUAAUCUCCGUACAAGUUACCUCUUCUAGUGAUCAUGAUUUUUACUUAACCAAAUACUGCCAGUAUUUAUACCGGCGUAUUCACAAUAUUACCGAUAUAGACCAAAUUUAUUUAUGAUAAUAAUAUAUUAAGGGUUGAAUGUCUUAAAUUGAGGGAAGGUUAUUGUAAUAUAUGUAAGCGAAGUAAAUUUUUGUAAAGUCGGAGCUCACAGUUCCUUUUCCCUCCCGAACAAUCAGGACGCUCGGAAAAGUCUGAGGAAAAAAAGUCAGGAAACAUCGAGUCAAGGACGCAAAAAAUUUGUUGUAGACGCUAUAUUUUUCUUUGCCGGCAAUAUUGUUUUAAUUUUCAAAUUUUGCACGUUUAUAUUAUUUUUUAAAUUUUAUGACGACACGUUCCAUCAGUUGCGUUUAUCUAGAGAUAAGUCGACGCUCGUAAUUCCUGACUUUGCUGGCUCAUGUAAUUACAUAUUGAGAAAUUCUUCAGCGUUUCGCGAGUUUCCCUGCGAGUUAAUUGUCCUUGUGCCUAAUAUGAAUUUACUCCAAUCUUUACUUGGAUUAUGCCGAAUUAGCACGAGUGAACUUUUACGGACACUGAAUGCCGACUUAGGAUCGUAUUUACAUAAUUGAACGUCAAUCAAUCACCGCAGAACGUUACGAAUUAUAACGCAUCGUUUCUUACGGAUUUUGCUUCGGAUGUUUUUUGAAUUACAUGUGAAAUCGCCUCGAUCGAAUUACGUUGUAAGAAUGGCCCAUUGAAAAGAACUCGUUUAUAAGAAAAUAAGAAUUUAAGUUAUUCCGUACGAUAAAGCCAUUAUUCUGGUUAUGAAAUGAUUUUGUAUCAAAAUAAAAUGGCUUUCAUACAAAUUUCGGCGAUUGCCUGACGAUAAGUUCUUAUAAUUAACGGGACCAUUCUCGUGCAAGUAAAAUUUGCAAUGUAAGAAUAGUUUGUAAACAUUUUAAAAUGAGCUCGAUUUUUUGUGUUAUUGUGUGCAAUCAAAGGCUUCAGCAUCUUUCGCAGUCAUCCGAUAGCAAUAUCGCGUAAAUAUGUUUAAUCUCAGUAUUUAAGGCAGUGUUAAAAGCGUCGAAAUGGAUGGGUUCAGUUCCUACAAUGAUAUGUUUGCCGGGCAUUUGGUGAUUGAAUGUGAAUAAUAGUACCAUGUACAUUUGCUAUGCUGUAAAUUUGGAAUACAAUUAUUGUAGAAUAGGAAAU